ACAAAUGCACGCCUCGGCAUUCCUCCAAGACUCAUGCCAUCAGUCAUAAUGACUCUUAAGUCAUGCCACAAUACCACAAAGAAUUGAAUGACAAACAGUGGGGAUUGUGAUGCAAUUUAUGUGGAGUCAGCAUUGUGACUAGGCAUAUAGCAAGGUAUUUGUGUAAGACAUACAUAUCGCGUUAUCUUAACCUAAAGACACCACUGGUGCAAAGGCCAUAACGACAACACAAGCGAAAGCCAGCUCUCAGCUAUUCCGACUUGGAGCAGUGGCCUGACAAUCCGUCACAGUAGGUACCGUGAUGUGUAGAGAAUUUCGGCAACAAUGAAAACCUGGCUAGCGACAUCACUGGGAAUACUUGUUGCCGUAGCAACUUCUUACUACUUCCGGUGGACAACGCCUCACCAAUUCGUCCGGAAUUUUAAUAAGUCUUAUGAUUAUAUCAUCGUUGGCGGGGGCGCAGCAGGUUUGGUUUUAGCCAAUCGUCUGUCAGAAGAUGCUGACGUCACUGUUUUGGUGUUGGAAGCGGGAAACUCCGAGUCUGAUAAACCGGUAUACGAUAUUCCGUACAACGCCCCUAAAGCCCAAAUGACCGAAGCUGAUUGGAUAUACCGGACGGUACCGCAGAAACAUGCGCAUUUCGGUAUGAAAGAUAAGGUUGGCAUUUGGCCUCAAGGGAAGGGUCUUGGAGGAUCCACCCUUCUGAAUGGACUUGCCUAUGUCCGGGGUAGUCGUCAUGACUACGACGCCUGGGCAGCCAAUGGUUGUGAAGGAUGGAGCUACGACGAAGUUUUACCGUACUUCCUCAAAACGGAGGAUAUGCGCGAAACAGAUGGAUUCGAUGAAGAGUACCACUCCCGUGGAGGGCCCAUCACUAUAUCAGACACCACUAAGUCUGAAGUAGCGCAAGUCUACUUGGAGGCAGUAGAGGAGAUCGGGUUCAAAGUUCACGACUGUAACGGAAAUAAUGGUAUCCAAGAUGGCGUCUGUCGGAUGCAGGCCAUCGUUGGAGGUGGACAAAGGUGUAAUGCCGCCAGGGGGUUUCUACAGCCGGUUCUUGAAAGGAAUAAUUUGCACGUGGCAAUCCAGUCACACGUUACCAAGGUUAGGAUUGAAAACAAGCAAGCAGUGGGUGUUGAGUUUAUCCAACAUGGCAGAAAAAAGUCCGUGGCAGCUAAGCGAGAGGUAAUACUCAGCGCGGGGUCUGUUGGGUCAGCACAACUGCUGAUGUUGUCGGGGGUGGGGCCAAAAGACCACCUUACAGAGCUAGGGAUUCCAGUUGUUGCAGACCUGCCUGUAGGGUCCACAUUGAGAGAUCACAUGAUGUUCUUCACGAAGGCUGACAUUAAGAAGCCGGUCAGUUACACAAACGCCAAGGUCUUCACGCCGCUAAACUGGCUCAAGUACUAUUUGUUCGGAACAGGUUUGAUGACAAGUAAUGCUGCUCUAGAAAGCCAGACAUUUAUCCGGACAGAUCCAGACAGUAAAACUCCGGAUAUUCAGUUGACACUCGUGAGUACCUUGGAGGAACAUGGCGACUCGUACGGACACUUCAACUAUAGAGACGAAAUCAACGAAGCUUUGUUCCAGUCUAUUCACGGACUGGAUGCUGUGCCAGAAGGAUUUUCUAUCGCUGUGGUCCUUAUUCAGCCCAAAAGCAAGGGUUCCCUGCGCCUGGCUAGUCGUGACCCAUUCGACUACCCCAUACUGGACCCAAAUUACUUGGCCGAUCCCGAGGACGUAAAAACGUACAUCAGGGGAGUUCGACAUGUUCAAAAAUUGUUGAAAACUGAAGCGUUGAAGAAACUAGGGACAACAGUUCGUACGAUUGACAUACCCGGAUGUCGAGAAAAGAUUCCAGACUCUGACGAACAAUGGGAAUGUUUCGUGCGCCAUCUGGCGACAACAAUAUACCAUCCAGCAUCUACAUGUAAAAUGGGACCGCUCUCUGACCCAACGGCAGUAGUGGACCCACAGCUGAGGGUGAAAGGCAUUUCUGGAUUGAGAGUAGCUGAUUGUUCUGUCAUGCCCAAUCUCACUUCCGGUAACACUAUGGCACCUACGUUCAUGAUUGCAGAGAAAGCUGCUGAUCUUAUUCGGGGAAAAGUGACGGUCAAACCUCGGGGAAGCUGACAAACGUAUUGAUAUACUGACAGGGGUGUUGAAAAGAGGUUAUACCAUUAAGUGCUCUAACUCCAUUUUGGAUAUAUGCAUAAAAUUAUAUGUUUGUUUAGUUGAAAUAUAUUUAAUUGUAAAAUAUGUGAAAAUGAAUCAGAUUCAAAUUUUGGCAAUUUGCAAAGAUCUUUGCAAUACAUAGUGUAUAAUAUGCUUAUAUGUCACGUGAUGAUAAUAAGAUCAAGGGCAACAGUUAAAAGCUUUGCUGACGUGUUUUGUUAUCAAAAGCAAACGUUGCCCGGAAGACACAUGCGAAAAUGUAACCAACCGCGAGCUCGUAUUAUACCAGUUACUAGGAGCAGGUAUUCUGCUAGCUGUGUCACUAUCGGAGUUAUUCUAUAUCAUCAUCAUAAAUCAUCUGUUAUCUAAACUAUUUUGUGGACUCUAAGAUAGCAUUAUUUGGUUUUGACACAAAGUUUUAUUAGCGAAUAAAAAUCUUACGGAUAAUUUGGUAAUCUUCUGAGUAAGUGUUUUCUAAAUAUCCUUUUUGCAGGUAUCCAAAAGGUUUCCAUUGCAGACUCUGUUUCACUUUAUGCAAAACCAUGAUCACUUGCUGGUCUUUGUUUAACCUGAGCCUACCUGCUUAUACAUCAUUUUGCUUCACCAAACAUUGGACUAUCACGCCUCUAGAUAAUGCUGCAUCGAUGAUAUUGUUUGGUGAUUGCCCCCAACGCAUUCAGUUUGUUUGUCGUCGAAAGCUGUUAUUUAAUUAUUUUGUUUUAUGCAACAAGCAAAUAUCACAGGAACAUGUUUAUUUGAAUAUGAUUGUAGUUGAACUGAAAGGUUAUAAAUAAA